AUGCACAAGGCGACGCGCCUGCAGGUGGCCUGGGUAGCAGCAGCAGCGCCAGCGGUGACGGAGCUGGGAACGGCACCAGCCAUGGCUACUCGCUUCCCUUGUGCGCUGGCGUCUGCUCUGGUGGUGGUGAUGGCGGGAACGAGCACACAGUCGCAACACGCACAGGGCAAUCCGCGCAUCAUCGAAGGCAAGGCGGCGGCGCUCGGCCAGUUCCCACACCAGGCCCUCCUCGUCGCGGACGAUCACUUCAUAUGCGGCGGAUCACUCAUCACGAAGACUGCAGUCCUCACCGCCGGCUUCUGCACGGUCGGCUAUGAGAAGUUCACCAUCCGCCUGGGAGGAAUUCAUCGCACUAAGAACGAGACCACAUCUUGGACCGUGGUCGCCAACUGGGCAGUGACCCACCCAGACUACAAUACGGAGACCUAUUACAGUCACGACGUGUCUGUUAUAUUCCUGCCUGAGAAGGCGCCUCUCAGUAGUUUCAUCAAGCUGGUGACGUUGCCUUCCCCCAGCGAGGUCAAUGCAACCUUCGUGGGAAAACGUGCCUUGAUGACAGGCUGGGGAAAACGGGAGGGUGGCCAAAGCUAUUCUGAUACUCUCCUGUACACAGAGGUGACAGUUAUUCCCAAUUCAGUGUGCGAGCAAGACUACGGACCGGGUUUCAUUAUUGAAAGUACACUGUGUGCCGGAAACACGAACAAAGGCAUCUGCUCUGGAGACUGGGGUGGAGCCCUUGUUCAGAAGUCCAAUGAUGGUUACAAGCAGAUCGGCAUUGCCAGCUUUUUCUAUGACAGGUGCGAGGUACCUGUAGCUGCUGGCUAUGCCCGGGUAACCUCCUUCCUCGAGUGGAUCACAAGAACUGCUCCACCCGAUACUGACUGA